AUGUCGCGCAAAUCCCAGAGCAAGAGUCUGCUGGGCGGCAAGAGCAUAGUCCACCGGGACGAGUCGGUGGCAGGGCCAGAGCACGACUACUUGGCCUUCUAUGAGGUGCCAAACUUUGAUGGCCUGCGGUGGGGUUCCGUGUCCCGCACCCUCAAGGGGGAUGCGGCCACAUGGCACUACUACACAGACGAGCACGCACCAUUGGGCGGGAACGAGGGGACCCCCUACGUCGCUCGAACCUUCCUCUCGCUAAUCACAUGCUCCUCUUACCUACCGCCCUUCUCAAAGGGCAGGCAGUCGACCGGCACCCCUGCUCGGUUCAAGGGUCGGUCCAUAUUCGGACUGCCCCUGAUUGACCCCGACGAUGCUUUCUUUCGUGGCUGGGAGCUCUUCAUGACGCUGAUCGACCUCACCUACACCGCCUUCCUGGUUCCCGUAUCUGUGGCUUUUGACAAGGUGGAGGGCUCUGGCUCAUUCACCUGGAUCACCUACAUGGAUAUGGUCGGCUCCGCCAUCUACGUGGCGGACAUGCUGCUGAAUUUCAGUUCGGCAUUUGUGGUGCAGUGGGACCUGAAGCACAUGCUGAUUAUGGAUGGGAGGCACGUCGCCUCCUACUAUGUCCUACAUGGCGGUUUCCUGGUGGAUCUGGUCGCAAAGGUGAUCAUCGCCGCCUCGCCCUCCGCCAACGCCCCAGGGCUGAAGGCCAUCUACGCGCUGCGCCUGCUGCGCCUCGUGCGUGUGGUGCGCCUGCUCAAGGUAGUGUUUGGUGCAGACCUGUACAAGAACCCCUUCUCCCGGCUCCUGAUGAAGUACAUUUCAGCGCCCGCGCUGUACCUGACAUACUUGCUCAUGGCUGUCUUCAUCAUCGUCAACCUGCUAGGCUGUAUCCUGCUCUUUGUCGCGGAGAUAGAGGGCGAGCAAAACUCCUGGAUGGCCUACGCCUCCUUCACUUUCAACGUCGUGGACGCCAACGGCUGGGCGCAGUGGGUGGUGGCCAUCUACUGGGCCUCCCAGACACUGACCACUGUCGGCUACGGGGACGUGGUGGCUGUGACGGUGGCGGAGGCCCUGAUCAGCUCUGUCGCCAUGCUCCUCGCCAUCCUCGUAUUUGGCUUCAUCGUGAGCGUCAUUGGCGACCUGCUCACCGUGUCCUCCCUGUCGGCCUGGCGGGGCCAGCAGAUACGACAGCAGCUGCAGGGAGUGGAAGCGUGGGGCAAGGAGCGGCAUCUGGGUCCAGACGUGAUGAACAAGAUCCGGCGCUACUUCAUCGACAUCUGGGCACCGCACGCAGGGUUUGACGACGCCGCCUACUUCUACUCCCUCCCUGUCCUGCUGCGCGGGGAGAUCGUGAGCAAGAUGUCGGGCCACACUCUGCAGUCCAGCCACCUCUUCAGUGGGCUGAGCUCAGAGGUGCUGGGGGGGCUGCUCUGUUCUGCAGUGCCCCGGCGACUCGUGGCCGGCCAUGACCUGUAUGCGGAGAUGUCAGAGGGGGAAUCCUUCUUCAUCCUGCAAGAAGUUCGGGCAUGCUCAAACUGCAUCCUCUGGGAGUUCAAGUCCCUGGACCUCCAGGACAUCAUACGCAGCGAUCCCAGGGUUCUCGUGCAUCUCUGCAAAGCCUACAUCCAGUACCAGGACAUGCUGGCAAGCCGAUUACAGGGUAGGCACGCCGCCUCGAGCCUGGGGCGGCUGUACAAGAUCCGGGCGGAGCUCUGCAGGCUGCUCGCCAAGGCGGAGCGUGAUGCAGCUGCCUGGGAGGAGGAGGAUGUGCAGAAGGACCCUGAUGAGCCUGGGGUGCCGUCGGAUGGAGAGGAGCAGAUCCAGGACACCGACCAGCAGCUUCAGAAGGCUGAGGACGAGGAGGCGCCGGAUGCUCCGCCACAUGGGGACGCGGGCGGUGCACUGCCUGCCCCCGGCUCCACGGAGGCUGCUCCCCCCUUGCCGCCCGCCGCACAGCUCAUCAUGCAGGGCGAGCCACACCUGGCGCGGCUGAGCUUUGCACACCCAGGCUACACCGAGGACAAGGCCGCCCAGCUGCGGAGGUCUGGCUUCGGCAACAUGCCCGGCGGGAGCGGGAGGUACGCCGUGUGA